AUGAAAGUCACAUCCGCUCUUCUACUUCCACUUCUACUUGCCAUAUUCACGGUGGUGAUUACAUUCGAACAGAAAGCAGAUGCUGAUAAACAACGAUUCGAAGAUCGAGAAUUGGCUCAAAAACAACGACAACAAGAUUUAAAUCAAUCAAUUCUUAGUCGAGAAAAUGACAGGACUAUUGCUGAUGCAAAAAGACUGGCGGAUGAUUUGAAUGCCGAAAAACAACGAAAUAUGUCACGAGAAUUAGAAGAAAGUCGAUACAAACAAGAACGACAUAGAUAUUUCGACGAACUUCUAGUUUCAUACUUAAAUGACAUUGGACAAUUACUGAAAGAGAACAAUGGUUCACUCACCUCAAAUCCUGCACCAGCUGCAUUAGCGCGCGCCAAAACUCUUCAAAUUGCUCCUCAUAUAGGACCUGUUCGAGUUGCUCAGUUAAUUCACUUUUUAUAUGAUGCCGGUCAACUGACACGAGAAAAGAAUCCAUUAGAUGUCUCUGGAGCAUAUUUUCAUGGUGUGGAUCUUUCGACAUCAUCUCUUCGUCAUAUUUCGCUCGUCGGAGCCUAUAUGAAUAAUUCUUCCUUUACUGGUCAAGAUGUUUCCGAAGGUGACUUUCACAAUACUCAUCUGAAUGGAGCCGACUUUAGUAAAGCGAAUUGUACUAACACGUCAUUCAGUGAAGCAACAAUGAUUGAUGCUAACUUCUCACAAGCUAUACUUCAUUUGGCUACUUUUUCUCAUGUUCAACUGAUUAGAGCUAAUUUCAGUCAAACAAACUUUACUAAUAUAAUGUUUGAAAGUGCAAAUAUGAUGGAAACUGAUUUUUCUCAUACUAGUCUCUUUUCAAUAAAAUUCUCCAAAGUUGAUCUGGCAAAGGCUAAAUUUAAUGCCGCGACUAUUUCAAGUUACUAUUCAUAUGUUUCAUUUUUCCAAAGCAAUAUGCAACACACGAACUUUAGUAAGAGUUAUAUUCCUCGAAGUCGAUUUGUCGAGUGCAGUCUCAUUGGUGCUGAUUUUCGUGAAGUCGAACUUUUUCGCGCAUAUUUCGAAUAUUGUGAUAUAGACUAUGUUAAUUUUACUGGCAGUCAGCUGGAAUCUGCUACAUUUAACAGAAGUUCACUAGCUUUUACUGCUCUGAUAAAUACUCGUCUUGAAGAGACAAUAUUUCCCUUCUCUGAAUUGUCUUAUGCUAAUCUAUCCGGUGCAUGUUGUUAUGAGUGUGGUAAACAGUGCAAUAGCGGCUGUGAAUGGAGAAAUAUUUUGGCGAGACACAACAUUAUUUUGUGUAAUGGUACAAUUUAUCGAGAUAAUUCUAUUGUUCGAAGUCAUCUAAUUCAAAAUAAUACAUCCGUAAAGAAUGAAUGGGAUGAAGUAUCAUUUUUUCCACCAGUCGUCAGGCGUUUAUAUCAGAAUAAUUCGUAUAUCUAUGUGCUUAAACGUUCUGAACAGCAUCUACUUUCACAUUUAAAAGCAUACGUGAAUAUAUCUCGUUUUCGAGAAUUCAUUCGAACUGGUGAUGCGGCAAUUGCAGUUCGAGCUCGUAUGUCUUCAGGAAUGAAAGUUCUUAUUGGCGACGACAUACUUCAGUUUCAUCGAACAACAUCAGAUUUAAUUCAAGCAAAAUGGAACAAUCUUCCUCUAGAUAAGAAUCGAUUCGACUUAGAUGUCGUAUUCGAUAAUACACUUACUCCUACUUCGUUGUGGUUGAAUUAUAUUGAAAUAGGAGUUGUUCCGCGUUCACCACGGCUUUGA